AUGCAUUUGCAUGGGAACAAGGAUCGCCUCUAUGUCACGCUCUAUGCCCGCGGCGGGCAGCCCAAGAUGCCGGGGCUAGAAGACACUUAUCACUGGGCGUUCAUCGUUGGACCGAAAGAAGAGCGGAAAGAGGGCGCUCGCGGCAGACGAUUUCACGCGAAGGAGAUUAUCGCAAACCGCCAAUCGGUGUGGAAAUACGAAGCACGCGGAACCACCCUAGGCCCGACCUCUAUGCUUUUAGUCCGAAUCAUGGUUGGCAAGGUUGCAGACCUUGAUCGCCUUAUCGCCGUGUUCGAGAAUACCCCAAUCCGCGGCGGGCAGCCGGGAUACGACACGUGGAACUGCGUGGCGUGGAUCCAAGAGGCGCUGGAAUCUGCCGAACGGGAUGGGAAAGCCCUCGGGGCAGCUGUGACCGACUGGAGCUCUGUACGUGACACUGCGAUGUGGUAUGUUUCGAAGAAAAAGAGUGAGCACCGAUUCGACGGCCAGGCACACUUCGAUCAGUCUAAGACGCCAACAUGGGAUAUCCUGGAGAAGCGAGAGACGAUUCCUUGA